CGCGGUCUUACCGUGCGAGAGCCCCUGCGACACCGAGCUGCACUUCCAUGUGCAAAUCGACGUGGCGCGUUGGAUAGGCGCAAUGGACGCAAUGAUGACAGCGACCAUCUCAGCGCUUCCUUCCCAAAACUUGCUUUCCCGUACGCCACUCACUCGCGACAGUGACUCUCUACGCUGCCGUCACGCUUUCGGCUUUGACCUGCCGCGCGAGCGGCUUGCAACCGUCGCAGCGCUGACGCGUGAACGGUGUGCGCGCCCGCACCUAGGAAUUCUCAACCUCCGCUUCUCGCCCGAUCGAACAUGUCAGCCUUCGCUAUGGAUGGCUCACUCAGCAGCUCCGCGCUCGCUAUAUCUCUGAGCUGCAAGAGCGCUUGGUCAUGCCGGUGGCAUUGUCUGGCCUGAUGCAAGAGAGCAACACUCACGAGUGUCGGGCCGCGCAGUUCCGUACGCGUGCCGUUGUACCGGUCGACGAACAUCUAUUGUGCCGCGAUGACGCAGGGGAAUGCCAAAUUAUCAAGCGAUCCUGCAUCCAUCUCCAACCUCAGCAAUCAAAUCACGAAUGCCGACGGCAGGUGCGGCACUCGAACAGGCCGGCGUCAAUGCCAGGAACAAUGAGACAAUGCCAGCCUUGCGGAACAAUGCAUUCGCCAGCAGAAGAUGCAGCGCUUGCCAAAUCGAGAUUGCCGUCCAGGCCUGUGGGUGUGCAAUGUUGGCCUGCUGCGCGCACAUGUCUCCGGGAUUCGAUGCGCCUUUCGCAUCGCACUCAUCAGACUCUGUGCAGCUCAGCUGGUCAGCGAUCUUCCACCACUUCCUCCACCCCAAUCUCCACUUCCGCCGCACUGAAUCUUUCAGUCACGGCCUGACAUUCCCUCUACCCUUUCUUCUUUUCGCAGCUCUGGCAGCAGCACUUUUUACCUUCUUUCCAUCUCACAUACAUUCCCAGUCACUCCUUAGCGAGGGCGCUGAGCGUUCCUCGAAGCUGUGCCCGCUCGACGCAGGGCCAUUCCUCGCCGUUCUUUACAUUUCGACAGGUUGAGCGGUCAAUUUUCAAU